GACUAAAAGUUUUAGUCGUUAACCGUCGUUAACCUUGACUAACUUGUUUUCAUAAAAAUAUUGUGUGGUGAAAGUUUCUUGAGGAAUCAAGCAAUUUUUAAAUAGAAUAAAGAAAUUGCAUUGUGAAAUCCGUUCGGAAAAUUGAUAAUAACACGCGAUUUUGGUACAGCCGGGCUAAAAUUAGCGACACUUGGACCGGUUAGGCCAAUCUUCCGAUGUGCCGAGUGCAGGAAUAGACGGACGCCGCUGCCAUUAGACUGCACCUUGCUAACGGUCAACUGUGGAUGUAUUUAUGUUGACUUCCUCGAACUAAUAUUUUUACGGGUUUCAUUUGUGUUUUGGGACAAAAUGUCCACUUAUACGUCUGGGACGGGCGUAGGCUCGGGCUACGCCAAUGUUCACGACACUGUAGACAAAGUUACGAAUUUUUUCUCCUACCCGGGACUCAUUCGAUCAGCAGUCCUGGUGCUGCCCUUUAUUUUGGGUGUUGUCAACCGCAAAAUAUGGUUUGGUGUCGACCUCAUUGCUACGACGGUGGCUGCUGCUGCGUGGCUGCUGUUCCCGCAAUCCCUGCUAGGAUUCCAGGUGUCGCGAUCGCUUUUGGAUGGAGUGGACCUUCAGCUGGGUCGGAUGGUUGGCAGUGUUUUGGCCGGAAACGCUGUUCUUUGGUUUCUCCAAACGAAACGCACGAAGGACCCCGACACUAUUCAGCCUGCGCUUUUGCUGACACGCGUUAUCACCAACGCAGUCCUUAUGGUCGCUCAAAUCGACAUCCAACUGUUCUCUAAAGCGUGGAGCCCAGAACAUAUGACAUUCGGUUUGCUUGGAGCCGCCUUGUGGACGGCGGGAUCACUGGUUCAUUUGGUUAUUGGUGGGUAUCCCGGUGGACAUCUGCAACGUUACAGAAACAUCAACAACUUCUUGCUGCGCGAUUUUGCCCUGUGCGUGGUAAUUGGAUUCACCCUGUAUGGUUUUCCGCGCUGGUUUUUGCGCAAUUUUACUCUGAUCCGAACCCUUGAUGGUGUUCAUGAGCAUCUCACUCGAGCGUUUGGCGCGCUGAUUUUUGGGGCUGGGUUCGCCGCGUAUCAGGCUGUAGGAUUUUUGAAUGACCGCGACAAGGAAGCUCAUUUCAUUGAGCGCUUAGUGACAAUCGGCUUCCUUAUGGCUUCCCUCAUCUAUGCCCAGUUCUUCUAUUUCAAAGAGUGGAACAUGGUCUACUGUUGGGGAGUCCAGUUUGUUCUGAUCCUGUGGGCUAUUCACUCCUACUUGGGCUUGACAUCUACUGAACGACACUAUGUUCCGGUAACACAGACUAGGAGAAUUGUUACUGACGAUCGUUUCUCCACACGGGCCGUUGGUGAAGAUCGCUUCGCCACAAGGACUCCAACUGGGACUUACCGCGAUCGUAUUACUGCCCGCGAAAGAAUCCCUGCUGGAGAUUAUGAGUUUGACAAGGAGGGCUAGAAUCAUGUUCAGCAGUCAGUAGUAUUCCUAUCCUGGAACCGGAUUCUCUUUAUUGACUUCGGUCGGGAUCUCUUGUUGCUUCCCUCUCGAAUAAUAAUUUGUUGGCACAUUCAAGUUGUCUAAUCAGUACUGCUUGUUGAAAUUGUCUAAAUGUGUUUUAUUUAGACUUUCUCAUUUCGAUUAUUGCUUACCCUUUUUUUCGUGUACAUUGAUAUUUAUGGUGCUAAAUAAUUGCUUUAGUGG